AUGAGCACAACAGAACCAUCACCAAUACCAACGUCGUCUUCCAGCCGACCUCAAUCAGCUCCCCCUCCCUGGUCGACUCUGCCAAGUCAGCCUACCGGAAGCAGCACUUCAAGCGUCACAUACAGCAUCAUUGCGACUGCGGCAGGGUUGCUUAAUGAGUCUUUCACAGCUCCUUUGUCGUGUGCAGGAAUAAGGCAGUUGAAUUCGACAGUAACAACCAAGCCGGACGGUGGCUUGCAGUCAUCAUGGGGUUGGCUCUAUGCAGCAGGAUGCAUCCCCGACAUGGUCGACAGUAGCUGCUUACCGUAUAUCUCGGGACAGCGCUAUGGCUAUGAGACAGCAUUAGAUGGCAAAAGCGCCGAUGCCCAUUUGCCUGUCUUUUCACCUGCGCUAGGUUGCCCGGUUGGGUAUUCUUCAGCUUGCACAAUGAUGACUGGUGUCUCGUGGAUGUUGAAUGCGGGGCAGACUGCCGUAGGUUGCUGUCCAUCAGGGUAUCAAUGUGAGCCCACCGGCAUCUCUUGUUUCUCUUCCGCGACACCUGGCGCUCUGGUCACUAACACAGCCUGCUCUAACGAUGGCUCAUCGCCGCUAACAGCGAGUAUUGGCUCUAGCACCAUUGCGAUAGGCUGUGCCCCGAGAGUUGUUUAUAUACGGAAUGUGGAAGCCGAUCAUGGCCUUUCAAGUGGCGCGAAAGCAGCAAUAGGAACUUGUGUUGGGUUGGCGGUCAUUACAAUAACUCUCGUCGGGUAUAUACUAUCAAGGCGUCGUCGCCGCCAACGCCGCAAAACCACAGCAACUACAAACGAAAAGAGCGAACAUGAGCUAGAAGGGAGUUCCGAGCUUACCGUUGAGCUGCAAGGAGACAUGAAGGCAUUUAAAGCAGAGGCUGAUGGAAAAGAUAACGAAAUGGAAAUCUACGAACUUGCUGACACGGGUGUUGUGGAAGUUCCGGAGGACGCAUUCUCACCGGUCGAACUUGACAACAAUAACUUUCAUGAGACCCAACCAACCAUUACCAUCAAGGAUACAGCGAUGGCAGACCGCUUGGGGACUCCAGACGUGAUCCUUUCUCCGCUAAGUCCUCAUGAUGAGGCAUCUGCCUUAGAGCCACAGGCCACAACCAAACGAUUUUCUUUUGAAAAAGGUCACUAG